UUCUUCGCUUUUCCCUUUUUCACUGGGGAGGAGGAUGGAGCUGCUAAUCUAAACACUGCUGCAGAGUUCCAGACAGCGUAGCACCCAGGUCUGAUUUCUCUCUCCUGCUGGGUUCCUCUUGCUGCUCCUCUGGCCCUAUCGUGCCCCUCUAGACCCCAUCGCUUCCCCCUUGCCUUCCGCUCCGUCCCGUCUGCUGACCAUGAAGCUCUGCUGGGUCCUCCUAACUCUGGCCAUCUUCUGGGUGGAGCUCCAAAAUGGCGCCUGCCAGCAAGUCAAGCGUAGGAAGGAGGCGGGAGAGAACCGCAUCAGGCCUGGAGGCAAGCGGGCCAAGGUUCGCUACCCCAAACUGAACGAAAAGGAGAAGGAUGCAGGAGGAAGAGGCCAGUCCAUCCUGACCCAGGUUCUGGAUAAGGGCCGUUUCCUGAGGCUGGGAGAGAGCAUGAGCCUCACCCCGGGGAAGAACAUAGAGCUGCGUUGUAAAGGCAGUAACAUUGGCUGGUCCUACCCUACCUACCUGGACACCUUCAAUGACUCCCGACUCAGCAUCAAGCAGAGUGACAAGUACAGCCAGUUGAUCCUGACGUCACCCUCUGCUGCCGACACAGGGGCGUACAGCUGCUGGGUCAUACUUUGUGACGGAUCUGAGUGUCUCAAAGACCCCGACCGCACCUCCAGCACUUACAUCUACUUCACAGACAAGGACGAACUCUUCGUCCCCUCUGCCAUCCACUUUGAGAUCAUCUACCUGCGUCCGGACAGGCCUGCUGUUAUCCCCUGUCGUGUGAGCAGUCAUCUGGCCAAGGUGUCUCUGCACAGAGAGGUCCCCCCAGAGGAGAUGGAGGUGGACGGGACACUUGUCUCCUAUGACCCAACCAAGGGCUUCAUCCUCCAGAAGCCCAGUCCAGAGCACCAGGGAGUGUUUUACUGUAAGGCCGUGACCAAAGCCACCCCACAGAUCUCCACCAAGUACCAGCUGCUUUACGUGGAGGUGCCCAGUGGCCCACCCUACGUUACCAUUGAAGCUUCCUUUUCCUCUGCGAGAGGAGGAGACAAUAUCAACAUCACCUGUACUGUCCUGGGGGAACCAGAGGUGGACCUCAGCUUCACAUGGACCUAUCCUGGCCAGUACCUCCGUCCUGUUAGUGUGCAUGACUCAUGGAGGCUGAUCAACAGAGGAAUGGGACACACCACCCGCAUCUCCCAGAGCGUCAUGACCGUAGAUGACCUGGAGACCAUCGACUUUGGGAGAUACAUCUGCAGAGCGAAGAACAAGCACGGGGAGACCGCAGUGGCCACCAGCGUCAACUCUUACUAGCCAGACAGAGCAGGAGAGAAGACUUAUAACCUCCAUAGGCAACGUUCCACUUUGGUGGCAAUUUCACAUUUUUCACAUAAGCCAUCUUGCAGCUUGAGUAGAUUUCAACUAUGUUUGUCACUCUGCUGAGGUUGAUUGACCAGUAAAGCUAGCACAAGGAGUAUACUAGUUUAGAUAUUACAAAACCACAGAGUUAAUCUUAGUAGGUCUGUUAUCCAGUCAAAAUCUGAAUGUAUCCGGCGUAUGUAUGCACAUUUACUCAAUGAUCUGUUCAUACCUUUACUUCCUCUCCAAAAUAUGUAUGGUGCACCUCUUCUUGGGCAAAGGUACCUGCAGGACAGAUGUAUCUGUAUGCCCAUACUUUCACUUCUGUGGAGAAAUACAUAUUACAAUUAAACAAUUUAAUGCAUGCUUUGUUGGGGGAUUUGAUCGGUCUAAAAAGGAAGACAGUAAUCGUGUGAGAGGUGCUUCUUCUCCGUCUCUCUGGUGUGAAGAAUAAAACAUAGUUUAUAGCGGAGCAGA